CUGCGUUGGAAGCAUGCCCACCGCUGCAGUGCCGAGAUUCCUUCGUGAACUGCCACUUGUAGUGCCAGUGUCAGGUCAUAUAUGCGCGACUAGUAUAACUGGGGACGGUCACAGUCACCUACAUCUGAUAGCGUUUCCACGCGGUCACUCCUUUUGUCCUCCCGAGUCUCCUUGCUACAUAUAUAUCUCUAGACACGUUGCAUAGAACUAUGCUACAUCGCACACGACACACGACUUUAUGACUCUCACCAUGACCACGAGCACACUCCACAACGGUGUUCAUCCCCAGUCUCCGGUAACCAAUGGCACCACCACGCCCGCAAAACGCCCAAUCAAUGUUCUAAAGUUUGGAGGAACGAGUGUGGGCAAGUUCCCUUUGGAUAUUGUGAACGUUGUCAAGACAAGCGCUCAGGAGAAUGAUGUGGCUAUUGUUUGCUCAGCCAGAUCGAGCAGCACAAAGGCUGCCGGAACAACCAAUCGAUUAUUGCGAGCUGCUACGGAAGCUGAAAACCACCGCGAGUUUAAACCGCUGAUUGAAGCCGUCCGGAUCGACCAUAUCGAAACCGCCGAAUCUUAUAUACAAACGCAGAAAAUAUGCGCAAGGCUCAAAGCAGAAAUCGAGGAGGAGUGCGCAUUGGUCAUUCGGAUAUUGGAGGCUGCGCAAACCUUGGGCGAGACCAGCCCCAGAUCUAGAGACAAGGUGAUGAGCGCAGGCGAAAAGCUCAGCUGUCGGUUCAUGGCAGCCUUAUUAGAGGACCGAGGAAUCGAUGCUGAAUACGUCGACCUUGCGGACAUCAUUGAUUUCAAGGUUGGCCACAGUCUGGAUCAGCGGUUCUACGACAACGUUGCCGAUAGACUGGGCAAAAGGCUGCACGACGUCGCAGGCAAGGUCCCUGUGAUUACAGGCUACUUUGGAUCCAUUCCUCGCGGUCUGCUUAUGACUGUCGGCCGGGGCUACACCGAUCUGUGCGCUGCAUUGGUUGCGGUUGGAGUCAAAGCGAAGGAGUUGCAGAUUUGGAAGGAGGUCGACGGCAUUUUCACCGCGGAUCCACGCAAAGUGCCUACCGCCAGGCUCAUUCCGCAAAUCAGCCCGGCAGAGGCUGCAGAACUCACCUUCUAUGGCUCUGAGGUCAUCCAUCCUUCCACCAUGGACCAGGUCAUCCGGGCACGGAUACCGAUUAGAAUCAAAAACGUCAUGAAGCCCAGAGGAGGGGGGACCAUCAUUUACCCUGAACCUUCGGAGCUGGACUCUGCGUUGUCUGGGCACGAUCCCAAGCUGUUCCGCUCGCGCAGUGCGACUUACCUAAGCGAGCGGAAGAUGCCCAAGCGUCCCACGGCGGUCACCAUGAAACACAGGAUCCUCGUUUUGAACAUCCACUCCAACAAGCGGUCACUGUCCCAUGGGUUCUUUGCGGGCAUAUUCGCCACAUUGGACAAGUGGCGGCUAUCAGUCGACGUCAUCUCCACCAGCGAGGUCAAUAUGUCCAUGGCGCUCCAUUCUGAAGCACCACUGUACACGGGAGGCGGUGAUGAUGAAUACCAGAUUGUGGACCAAGAUCUGCGCGGUGCAAUUGAGGAGCUGAAAAGCUUUGGUACCGUUGAUAUCAUCCCGGACAUGGCGAUUGUCAGCCUGGUGGGGAAGCAGAUGAAGAACAUGGUGGGCGUCGCUGGAAGGAUGUUCUCCACGUUAGGGGAGAACAAUGUGAACAUCGAGAUGAUCUCCCAAGGAGCCAGCGAGAUUAACAUCUCGUGCGUGAUUGACGAACGUGACGCGGACCGGGCGUUGAACAUCUUGCAUACGAAUCUCUUCACUUUCCUCGAGACGUGAUUGGGGUGGACAUAUUUGUGAGCGACCUUUCAGCGACCUUUUCUUCCGGCAUAUUAUGGAGUUGUGCAUUUUAGACACGUGGUGUACGGAGGAGUCUUUUGGACAUACACCUAUCGGUGCAGCAAAUAUCUGAAGACAUUUGCGGGACAUAAAAUUGGACGGGCGGGAAGUUGGAUUGACAGCAGUGACUAUUUACGCUUGGUUCCCCAGAGCCGUGGGAGUAUGAUGUCGAUGGCGGUUUAGACAAGAUGAUUGAGAUGUUCGAAAUGUGGUAUGAUUUUAGGCAUAGCCACCGCAAUGACAAGAUGUCAAAGUUGAAUCCAGCUGAAUGCAGAGUAGUGAUGCAUCCACCCGACGGCGGGCUAGCCAGUGACAGAUUACGGUCGACAUGAUGGAUCAGCAGCCGCUGUCUCCGCAAGAGACGGCAAGUAAGAUGAACUCGAGGCAAGAUCUUACGGUGUUAAUUUCACAGCAGAAACUUCGGAAAUAGAUUGGAGGCGUCCAAAGUCGAGAGUUGUACGUAAGGUCCCUGCAGGUGUGCUUCAAUUGUGCAGGCUGAGCGAGCAGCACGUGCAACACUUAUUUGCAGGACUCGGAGUAUACAAUUACAACCAGCACUGCAGUGGCAGACACGGGAUCUUUUGGCGUAGGGCGGUCGGGAACAACUGUUUAUCCGCUCCAGCGCAACGCGUCCGCUGGCCUGCCCGGGCAAGUCGUGCGUUCAGUGUCGAGUUCCAUUUGCAACUUCAAUGUAAUACAGGCACUGCAGUGUUGCGAAAGAGAGCUGAACCAGAUGGUCGAGGCCAGCAAUGCCGAUGCAAGGGCAGAAGGAUGAAGCGGAUUGGGCGGAAGGCCACCAUCGACACCCAAUAGCAGUAAUGCCAUUGAUGAAGGCCCGCAGCAUAUCUGACACAAGCCAGGAACGGGCGGGCCAGGCAUGAAAAGUCGACAAAAAGAGACGAAGCAGCAUUCCAGGUCGAUCGAGAUGUUCGCAAUUGAUUGGAUGUGGCUGCACGACAGCGAGCAGCUCAGGGCCUCAGGCUGAAAUGCCGGAGCAGAGGACCAACCAGUGCCAGGUACCUAGGUAUUUUCUGUGCGCUUGGCGGGCGUCCGUAGCGCCAAACUUUAGUCAGAAACGGCCCACCACCGCAAGUUGGAACUUGACAGCAUUGGCCGUGCUGUUGGGAACGCGUGGUCACGGGAUAUCGGGUCGCUCGUCGGCUGCAUUGACACGCUGCGCGUCCACCGGUCGCCAGCGUCGCAGUAGUAUUCACUCUACAAUUGCUACCAUCAUAGCACGAUUAGC